AGCCAACCUCGCUGACAUCCUCCGCAGCGAUAAGCUUCAGUGGUAAUACACCCAUUGAGUGAGUGAGGGGUAAAUAUAGAAAGUAGAGGCUAUGGAUUCUACCAAUAAGCUCUCAGCUCUUCAGCUGAUCUUCAUCCUCCUCACAUCCUCCUUCACUCCCCUCCUCGCAGGAAAUGACGCCGCCGCCCCCGUGCUGCCAACCUGCAACUCCUGCUCCAACCCACAAAAGCCACAUCACCCCAAAGUCCCCCACCACAAGCCCCACCAUCCCAAGCAUCCUGGCCACCCUACCCCCUGCCCGCCCAUAACCCCGGUAACACCAACUCCUGCUCCGGUGACGCCGACACCGUUGCCACCUGCUCCGGUGACUCCUACGCCGUUGCCACCUGUUCCAGUGACUCCUACGCCGUUGCCACCAACGCCGGUGACGCCGGUGCCACCAGUAACACAAUGCCCGAUUGAUACGCUGAAAUUAGGGGCCUGCGUGGACGUAUUGGGCGGGUUGGUGCAUAUCGGGCUGGGCGACCCUGUAGUGAACCAGUGCUGCCCGUUACUUCAGGGACUGGUGGAGCUGGAAGCCGCAGUUUGCCUCUGUACUACCAUAAAGCUGAAGCUUCUCAAUAUCAAUAUAUAUCUUCCUCUUGCUCUACAGCUGCUUAUCACCUGCGGAAAAACUCCUCCGCCGGGCUUUACUUGCACCGUUUGAUCAUUUCGGGUUGGAGUGUUUGGGCAACUUAAUGGUGACAAAGAAAGAGGCAAAUGAUGAGUUGGUGAUGAUACAUCAGAGCAUGUUUACAGUCAGUUCUGUCUUGCAUUUGUUGAUGGUGUGUUGUUGAAUUUGGUAAUUCUAUUUUUCAUUCUUCUUGUUUUUGUUGUUGUUGUUAUUGUUGUUCGUGUGGUGUGUAUUGUGUUAGGCAUAAUGGGAUUUAUUCCAAUGUUGGAUCAUUGAUUAACUAAUCAACUGAUUCGAUCUGUCGCUUGAUUUGUAACUGAAAGAAAGGUUUGUUGGAAGUUAUCAUUUUUUUUAUUU